GCGCGACCCCAAAUGACUUUUUCUCUGUGACCUGACGCUCAAAAUGGCGGCAAGGGGAUCUCCGUUGACCGACAGUCAGCUCAGAGAUGAGCUGGUAUUGUAUGGAUACAAGCCUGGUCCGAUAACAGGAACCACUCGAUCUUUGCUUCUAAAGAAGCUCGACAAACUGAGAAGUGAGAAAAAGAACAUUUCUGGAAAAUCAGCUCCCCACAAGAUUUCAACGCCUAAGAUAUUUGCAUUGAGCUCGGAUGAAAGCGAAGGAGAGGCUGUGGGAAAUUCCAGGGGAACUGCCCCGGUCAGUGCGACCAGACGCCGUAGUGGUGCACGGGCUCCGCGGCCAGCGCCCAAAGCAACAAAGCGGUUGUCAUUGCCAGCUAAUAAUUCGAAAUCUGCACGGAAGACGAGCUCGAGGAAAUCAUUGGCAGUAGCCACAAACAACGAUGACGGCGAGGAUGACAUCAAUGAUGAUGGGAGUGAGAAAAGUGACUCUGUCAGGGGACAUGAUUAUCGGAAUGAGAAAUAUUUGCUUGGUGUGCAUCCAACCGACACUGUUCCAAAGUCAAGAACUGUAAAGAGUGGGAGAAGAUCAAUCAAGGAAGACAGAGGAGAAGGGGACAGCAAUGCAAACAGAGUUAAUGGAAGAGGGGAGUUCACAGACUCUGAUGAGGAAGUGUUGCAUCGAAGAGUUGUAAAAACAAGAACAAAGUCAAAGAAACAUCCAAUUGUUGCAAGAACUUCUGAUCCUUUUAAGGUUUCCAAAGAUAAACCGAAACCUAGUGCGUCUGCUAAUGAUGAGGAGGAUGAGGAGGAUGAUGAUGAGAAUGCUGAAGAAGAUGAAGAUGACUCUGCAAGUGAUAAUUCAGGGAAAAGGAACACUUAUGUUGUUGAUUCUUCAAAAGAUAGAUCAGGAAAGGAAGACAGCAGGAGAGGAAGAUGGAAUUUCCUUGCACCUCGGAAUACGUCAAGGAGUGAUCGUGAUUCUCCAUCUCAAGUUGCAUCAAAUGCUUCAAGUUCAAGAUCCAAGGACAAUGAUGAAAAUACAUCAUCGAACUGGACGUUCUUCACUUCUCCCUUCAAUUCAUCUCGCACAUCGACUCCCAGGAAAUCUAGCACCAGCAGAGAUAACACCACCUUAACCUACUACUCUGUCAACCCUGGGAACUCAUCACGACAGGAUGCCCGAGCAAGUGCUGCAGCAACCCCUAUCAGUGGUAGACCUUCUUUGAGAGGUUCCGCAUUGGAUGCGUCAUCUAGCAACCACACAUCGUUUCAUGGGCAAACACCAACACCCCCCACCAGUAGCAGCUCCAGACGAGAAUACUCUACACCGGCACCCAAUGAAAAUUUGUCAGAGAGCUAUGCUCAAACUCCACUCAGAGAACCGCCGGUAGAUGAGGCUCAGAUAUUUGCUACGGAAGAGAAUCUUGUUUCGAGCUGGAGAACUAAGUAUUGCCAUUUUGUUUCCAAAGUGCUUGUUGGGAGUGUCUGCUUUUUCUUCAUCCUACUUGGGCUCAUGUACCUGAAUGUCAACAGUACUGUGAAGUCCAGACAUUUGCAAAUUGCUGACAUUACAGGUCAAGAUGAUGUGAAUUUCUCUGGUGAUGAGCUACCAUUGUUGAUGGGACAGGCCUUGCAUGAAAGACUAAGUGAAAUGACAGGUGACUAUCUGUGUGGUAAAUCCCCUGUGAAGAAUAUGACGAUGGAGGAAGCCAAGAUAUAUCUGAAUGAAAAUCCUGAACUUCAAAAACAGAAACCAAGAAAUAAUCCAUACUGGGUUGCAAAGAACAUGCCUAGAACACUCCAGCUGAUCAUCUCUAAUCCACAGUGGGGAAUAAGGCUGUUCAAUGCGAACAAAGAACACCUGACCGAGUACAAGUAUGAGGACAAUGUGAAAUGGCUGGAAUCCUCUCAUGACUACAUGACUGUAUUCUGUCAGGUCAAGACCACAGCACUGAGACUUCUCUUCUGGGCUACCAUCCUUGUUAUCUCUCUCUUGGUACUCUGGCCAGGAUUUUACCUUUUCAGGUACCAGAUGCACAGGAAAGAACAGGAGCGGCUAGAAGUCACUCAGCUUGUAGAAAAGAUUAUUGAGGUCCUCGCUAACCACCAGCAAGCCUGUUACCAAGACAAGAGUUUGACACCAUACCUGGCCAUCCCUCAUGUCAGAGAUACGCUUAUACCCCCGGCUGAUAGACACAAGAAGCAGCACUUGUGGCAGAAAGCAGUGCAGUUCCUCAACGUCAAUGAAUCUCGUGUGAGAGUAGAGACCCAGCAGGUUGCAGGUGAAGAGUUUGCUGUAUGGAGAUGGGUUCAGCCGUCUCCCGCUGUAGCUGUCACAUCGUUUGUACCCAUUACUGACAGAGAUAUGAAUCCCAAGAGAGCAAAGGUGUGGCAAGGAACAGCUUUUGCGAACCUGGAUAGUGCAGUGAAAGCGAGUGCCUAUAACUACACCCCGUGCCUCAAAGUCAGAAACAUGUUUGAUCCUACAUUGGAGUCUGGAAUCAACUGGCAUAUGACCAUACAGGAUGCCAUCUUAGAGAGAUGUGGGGAGGACAGUGGUAUCAUGCACAUUGUUGUCGACAAGAACUCUAGAGAGGGAUGUGUCUAUGUGAAGUGUUUAUCAGCGGAGAAGGCAGGCAUGGCAUUCAGGUGCCUUCAAGGAAGCUGGUUUGAUGGCAAGCUUGUGACAGUCAAAUACAUUAAACUUGAUCGAUACCAUCAGCGUUUCCCAUCGGCUCUCGGUGUCACAUCACUGCUGAAACCUUCCAACAACCUUCGCAUGUCACUCCAGUCACCUCCCAGCACAUCAGCUGAUCUGCCCCUUUAAACGUAUAUCCAAUGGUGUAUAAAGCUAGGAUGAACUUUGCGUAAGCAGCCAGUGUGUUGCCUCUCUAAGUUGAUAUUAUCGUUAUGGGGAAAAAUAGUGAGUUGCUUUUAAUAUCAUUGGCUGCUUGCUCUGAAUACCCAAGUCACGUGUGGUACGAGCAACUUGCCCAGGGCAACCAACAUAUUUUAUGCAGGUGAUCGAAGAACAUCAUACUUUCUCUAUUGGUGAGUUGAAAAGAUGAUAGCGCACAUAGGUAGAGGCUCAUUUAUUCUGUCUGAACUUUCCAAAUCCACAUGCUUCUGUGUAUAAACCAGUAUGUCACAACAAACCAUGAAAUUCUACUUUUACAUAUUUAUCUGAUUAGGCAAGUGAGGUUGUUGCAUCAAGUGUAGAAUUCAGAAGGCUCAGUUGAUCUGUAACGCAAUGUUCUUAACUUGAAAUUUUUACAGCACCAUGUAGUCUGACAUUAGCAUGUAGAUAAACUUUUGACUUGAUUAAUUUGUUUCUUGUAAUGCAUUGAGCACGAGUUGGAAAGCUCCAGAAAGUUGAAGAGAUAGAUGGAUAGGAUGGUUUGUUUUGUUUUAAGAGAAAUUUUGUUUUUCUUUUAUUAAAAGGUCAUCAAAGGAACAGUUGACAAAUGUAUUCCACCUCUUUAUUAUAUUUAUCCAUUACUUUUGGAAGACAUUCCACCGAAUUGGAACCUAAUUGAUCAUUAGGCACAACAAAAUGUUAGUAGGUACAUAAUUCUUUACAAAAUAUAUUGUGCUUCAAAAAGUAUACCAAUAACUUCUGAAAGAUUCUACUGUGAAUUAUAUUUUACAGGUAAUUACAAUGAGGGUGAAAAUUACAAAUGUGGGGCCAUUUCCUAAUUGAUCAGAUUUGAAAAUGUAACCCUAUUGAGGAAGAAAGCUGAGAUAUUAUUUGAUUAUCUACCUCUUGGAGAUGGGUUAGUAUGUGAAAGCUAAACUUGUAAAGAUUGUAAAGAUUGUACAUUGAUGGUUACUGUAGGUGAAAGGUAAUUGAUUGAGAUGUGUUUGAAAUGAAGAUCACACAGAAUUCAUAAUCAUACUGAUGGCUGGUUUCUUUUUUAAAUUAAAAGCUCAGAAUCUUUGGAGAAAAAAAAGUGUUAGAAAUGUAUCUUUCAAGGAAUGAAUGAAAUGCGGAUAAUGCUAUAAUUUCAUGAAUUAAUAAAUGAAUAAAAUUAUUGAAAUUGAAACUGUAAGGGGAUGAAUGUUUUUUUGAAAACAUGGUUAUUUCCAUUUUUGUUUUAUUUAGUUUGUUUCCUCUCUAAUUUAUUUAUAACCUAGUCAUUAGUGAUUAUGCAAUUCUGUGUGAUCAAUGUAGAUGGUUCUGUGUGGUAAGUUUAUAUUGUGUCUUGCAUUUGAAAAGAGUUAGAAUAGCAUUGUAAUCAUUUUAUUGUUGAGUACAGUUUUCUAAUGAAGGAUCAAAGGUUGUAUAUUUCAUCUUGAGCAAGGCAUUUUAUCCACAUUGCUCCUCACUACCCAGUGUUAAUCGGCUACCCAGUAGGAUGCGAAUGUCAUUGUGGUUGGAUUAGCAUGUGCGUGCCCAUGAAAAGGCGACUAGCUGGAAUGCUCCUCAGAGAGUGGAGAAUGUGCACUAUAAUCUUAAUUUAAUCCAGUGACCGGGGUAAUACUAAUACUGUAAACGCAUUGAUAAUUAUUGGUUGAUGUUAAAGCACUACAUGAGAAUUAAGAAACCAAUAUUAUUUUAACAUGUAGUUUUAAGCUUCUACCAACCUUAAAUUUUUUAUGCAAGCUUUCGUCCACUCCUGUGGACUUUCUCAAGCUAAGUGAUCAGUCUGAGUCGCACGUUUGCUUCGCUGCACUGCCUGGUGUCCUGUGAUCACUGGACCAAAGAUCUGUGACAAUAGGUACCCAGAGUCAUAGUUUAUCAUUAUUAUUAUUAAUGUUUCAGUUUAGAGAUUCAUUCACGCCUUUCUGUUUAUUACUUAUUUGGAUGGUUUCAAGAAAAGGGAAAAAAAAUACAAGUACAUGAAACCAUUUAUAGUAAAUUAGAACAAGUAAGAUAAUCCCGGAUUUUAUGAAGUUUUGAUAGGACUUUGUUUUAAUAGCAGGUGAAUUAAAUCAAUCUAUCAAUUUCAUGAAUAUAUUAACAAAAUUGGUUUAUUGAUGUAAAGCAAGUCCAUUAUGCAUUCAUACAUUCAAUCAUACUUAUAUUCAGAAUGCUCCUAAGCUUAGUUAACGAGUUGAUGUAAAAAUAUAGCUACAUGGAGAAGAAAGUAUAGGAUUUUUCACUUUUUGUUGAUCAUUGUACAAGUUUUUCCCAAAUUGUUUCUAUGCUCUUGCAAUGUGCACUGGUGGUGAACUGUUGAGGUUUUUGUGUAUUUAUCAGUAUUAUUCAUUGUCAUGUUUACUUGUUGAUUGUUUAUGUAGUGUACAUUUCAGAUAUUUCCUCUUUUUAAAAUUAAAUGUGCUAAGUAGAUAUCUUGUUACUCCUGAUUUUAACAAUAUAUUCAUUAUACAUUGUACCAUUAAGUCAUGAUCACAUCUUGACGCAUGUAUUUCAUUGAUGCUAUGGAGUAUUUAUAUUACUCCCAAGUAGUGUAACAAGUGCGUUCUUGUCUCGGCAAUGAACCAUUUUUAAGCCUAUAUAAAGAAGGCAUGCCAUUGAUGCAGUAAGUCUGUUAUUUAACUAUUUCCAAACUAAUUUGUAUUAUUUGUCAUGUAAGAUGAUAGCCACUAAUAUUUUUUUAAGAUGUCAUCCAAAUUCCUAUUUUUCUUCUUUUGAUUUGAUGUAUUUAUAUUGCUAUUAAUAAGCCAAACAAAUUCUAACUACCGGUACAACACAUUGGUUAUUGCAUCGUAAUAGUAACAUAUAUCCUCAUCCGAACAUGGGCGUCACAAUAUCAACCAUUUUAUAUUGACAGAAAUCCAAAUGCAAUGAUUCGGUGCUAUUUUUAGAAUUAAUUAUAAUAUAAUUCUUUUCCUAUUGUUCAUAUUGUGUUAGUAUACAGUUGCUACUCUCUUACAAGAGUCAACAUUUAAUGUUAACUGAAAAGUAAAUAAAAAUAAUUUGGUCAAUAAGUGCUCCUUUUUUCUUACUAUUAUGUCCAAAUGCCUUUUGUUAAAUAGCGUCAUGCAAAACUUGUUAACAAAUUUGUAAAUUUUUCCAUAUUGCCUGUACUCUGAUUAAUGUACUCACAAAUGUAUCCAAGAAUUAUUACAAUAUUUAUCCAUGCUUUGAGGCAGUAAAAUGCUCAUAAUUCUUACCUAGUCUUAGUACAUGUAUGACACAGAAAUGAUGUAAUCAGUAGGAAAAUAUUGCCAUUAUAAUUCCAUCUAUAAUCAGUUUCAUAACCAGCUGGCCAGGCAAGAUAUUGAAAGUGUACACUUUGUGUGCUCCUAGCAUGAGUGUUAUGUAUGAAAAGAAUUGUGAAAUAAAUUGUAAAUAUAAAUAA